AGUCUGCGGCGGGGAGCGGUGCGGGCAGGUCGCGCGGCGAUGGGCGAGAGCGCGUAGCCCGGCCCGGUGCGUCGCAGUGGUGCGCGGGUUCCACGGCGACGAUGUGAGGCGGCCGACGGCUGCUCGCUGCUGCACGUCCGAGGCCAGGCCGACAUGCCCGACGCCGAGUCCGGCAGGGGCAGCGUCGCGACGUCGGCGGCGGGGGGCGGCGGGGGCGGCGGCGGGGGCGUGGCGCCGCUGGGGCUGUCGCUGGGCACCCGCUGCGCCGCCCCCAUCUCGCGGCUGCGCGUCGAGAAGAUCGAGGGCGGCCUGCUGGUGGCCGGCGUCGUCGUCGCCGCCAACUGCCAGGUGGCGCUGCCGGCGUUCGGGGCGCUGUUCGCGCUGGCGGGCUGCGUGCUGACGGCGGCGGCGUACCGCGGGCCGGCGGCGGGAGAGCUGCCCGCCGAGUACGAGGCGCGCGUCUCGCUGACGGGCAGCUCGCGGGCGCUGGGGCCGGCGUGUCUGGCGGCCGGCGUCGCCAUGCUGAUGGCGGGCGCCGCGCUCUGCCUGCUGGCCCGCCGCGCCAGGCACCGGCAGCGCCGCGUCGCCUUCCACUGCCCGCUGCACGGAGACUUCUACCCGCUGUCGCCCGUCGCCGGCCUGCCGGGGAGCCUGAGCGGGGGCGGCAAGCCGCGCUACGGCAUGCUGUGCUGCCGGGGCCCCGGGGGGCGGCGGCUGUGGGGGGCGGGAGCGCCGAUGCCCACCCCGCAGUGCCCCCACUCGACGCUCAGCUCGACGCGCAGCUCCGUCUCCAGCGCGCCCGCCUCGCCCUGCCCGGCACCCACGCCGUUCCUCGUCACGUCGGGCUCUGUCAGCAGCAGCGGGAUGCUGCCGUCGGUGGGGGCCAACCUGUCGCCGGACCAGACGUUCGGCUCCAUCAAGUCGCUGGCGGCGGGCCGCGAGGUGGCCAGCUUCCCGCUCUCCAGGACGCCGUCACCGCCGCCGCCCCCGCCGGGUGCCGACAGUGCUCAGGCAGACGCUGCCACCACCGAGCAGCCGGUCCUGACUGUCGUCGCACCCGCCGCUGACGGUGCCGUAUCGCCAUCACCGACGACCCCGCCGAAAGGACCGCGCAAGUCCGUGUCCAUCGUCCUGCCUGAAGACGACGACUCGGGUCGCGGCUGAGGAGGCCGCGGUGUGGGAGCCGUGUGCCCGUACCUUGUGAAGCGUAAAGGUGUGCUUGUGGCAUAACAGGGUGUCGCAGAUCUAUUUACCCUAGAAGGACUGACCGGUGCUGCAGAGCACGAGUGUCGAGUUUUAGUGCGUGGACUUUGAAGGCUCUCACUUGUUGUAGAGUGGAUAGGGGGGAGGAAGAGGCAAAUGAGUGUAACUUAUGUACACUUUGAGAUCCACAGUACGUACCGAGAUUAUGAACAACUGUCAGCUCCACAAACAAAUGUUAAUGACUAAUAGGAGCCGAUCUGUUGCCAAUGUAAUUUACGUACGAGGUGGUACACUUGUUGGUGGACUGUGUCUGUGUCUCUCUGAACUGUUUUGCUAGUAGAUCUCCAAACAACAGAAACUUACUAUCUAGUGGUUUUAUUGUGUGAUAGUGUCUUUGUUACUGGACCAGAAGAAGGGUGCUCCUACCAGCUGGAAGUAUUGGAUAACAAUAAAAAUGUAACAGCAAUUUUUUGAUUGACAUGCUCCUCUGUGUCACGUUUAAUGUAAGCAGUUCAAUCCGCAUACGACAUUUGUACGCUACGGGCAUAUUCGAGGUGCCGUCAGUCAUAAUUGCCCCUGUCACUUACUAGAGAUUCGCCACACUGACACAAAAAUAUUUGCAGAGCACCGGAGAGGCCCUCAGUGAGCAGUUCGUACUUGUCGUGUAGAGGGUAUAUGUUCUCGCAGGUUUGUGUGUGGCAGUGUAGCACGUCUCUAAUGUCUAUGCGGAAACAGUGCUAGUCUGAAACUUUACCAUUUCAUGAGAAACAAAAGGGCCUCUGAACAACUGUGUUCAAUAAUCUCUCUGCUUUGUCAUCUCUUCACUGGAUUUUGCAGUGGCAGUGGAGGAGAGAAAGCGAUAAAUAUUCGAACUGCUUGAUAAUACCUCAAAAAUUUUUUAAUUCUCAAUGAGAUGGCAAAUAAUUCACUAUCGUCAAGAACUCUAGCAUUACAGAUGUGCCUGUCACACCAUCCUCUGUUCCAAAAGGCUUUGCAGUAGUACACUUUAUCGUGGGCAUCUUGUUCUUUUCUGUAUUUCUAAUAAAACUGGGGUAUGUAAUACAGCAAUUAGGGAAUUAAGGGCAGCACAGUGAGAAACUGAGUUACAACUGAUUUGGUUGGAGAGAGAACAGAAGUGAGGUGGGAAUGAACACACAAACUUUUUUGUGAUAUGGAAGCUGAGAAGUAACAAUACAAGAAGACAUACUUUAUUUUUAAGGCUCAGAAGUAAUGUGUUUAUGAACAUUACUCUACUGAUUGGCAACUGUAAUUGUACCAUUCUUUGCCAGAUCAAACCCUUGAGUUGUACAUUCCUAAUUUCAUUCCACGAGAUGAGGAGGUAUUCUUCCAUCUAUUUUUCUACAUCUAUACUCUACAAGCAACUUUAGGGUGUGUGGUGGAGGGCACUUUGGGUACUGUUUUUAUCCUCCUUUCCCGUUCUGUUCAAAAAUUGUUUGCAAGAUGAACAUUUUCAGUAAAUCUCUACACGAACUCUAAUAUCUGUGGGCCCUCAUCACCACAUUCACACGGAAUUAUCACUUCCAUAGGCCUACUACCUGAAGUCGCUUCCACAUCUGGUAAGUGGUGUUCGCGGCCUAAAGGAGUGCCCCCUCAGCGUAGAGAACCACCUGAACUACAGUGGAGCUGGGAGGCCACAGGUACUACGAACAUGUCUCAAUUUUCUUCAUCUUUGACUAACAAGUGCGGACUCAGAACUGCUUCACCACUGCUCUGCAGACUGCUAUUGGUGAAGUUAUCUACCACUCACUACCUAAGGAUUUCAAAGCUGCCAGACCUAUUCAGUGAUGUAUGUCAUUCCCCACUUUGAAAAUGAAGAUGUUAUCUACGGAUGAGCAUUUUCACCAAUUGAAACCUCAGUGUUGUCAUCAGCCAAACCUGCUGCAGUUUAUUCUGGCACCAAUGAAGUGACUUCACUAGUGAAACAUUUGUGUCAGUGUUGGGAAUGCUUGAUGUAAGAGUGGUGGAAACCUUCCUGAAAUUGCAAAUACCACAAAAAUGGAGUUCCCUUUGGGGCAGCUGCAUUUAGUUUCAACAGUUGGCAACCUAAUGUCCGUCCGUGGUGUGCCAAGUUUUGAAAUAAGAAUUCCUGACCACGUGCCAUACUGAAACUGAAUACGUAUGCCGGGAGUGUAGUGUCCCCAGGACCAGUGUCGAUAUUAGUCUCAAAAUUUUCUUUUGUGUGUUAAUAAAAUAAAUAUGUGGUGCUCAGUAUUAAAAAUAUGAGUUUGUGACCUCACUGUCAAUACGUACGGUCUACAUCUGGGAGGCCUAAUGUGUAACUGGUCGGAAAAUAUUACUGUCCUUGUGGCUCUAAUACCUGAUACCCUUAACUGAUUAGUGUAUUGUGUAGUGCAGGUAAUUUACAUCUGGACAGUUGAUUGUAUACUUCAAUAUUCUUUACAAUAUGAAGUUUUAGAUUAAGGAAUAUCAUAAAUAACAAUAUAAAAGACAGAAGAAGUGCAGCACUUGAUUAUAUUUGAAAUUAAGCAUCUGACAUAAAAAUUGCAAUUAAAUGAUUGGAUACAUCUAAAAUUAUACUUUGCCAAGUUUUCUGCAUUGUCAUUUCAAUUAUCAGAAAGUAAGCAAUCUUCUGUCUUGUAUAGUGUUAGUCUUCAUUUUUUACUUUUUUUUAAAUGUGGCAAUCCUAGUACUUUAGAACAAAAUUAUGUCUACAAAAUUCUCACCAAAAACAAAUAUUUCAAGAGUGUGCAUUUCACUAGUACAUGUUGCAACCUGACAGGAGCUCAUUAGUAUGUAAUAUAUGAGCUACUGUCACACAAAAUAAGUUUGGUGUGUUCUCGACAGUGUACAGAGUCUGAUACAUUAUUUUAUUUGAAUAUUAAUGAAUUCUGCAUCACUUUGUAGUAGAGCAGUUUCAUACUUUGAAGUGUAAGGCACACAGAGAGUGUUUUACUCCCCCAGCUAUGCUCUUGGUACUGCUGCAUGCUUCUUCCACUGUAAGUGGUACAGUACAGGACCCUAGAGUCCUGCUCAUGUACCUGUGCCGACCACAGGUGACUGAUUUUUGAUGGCACUCAUUAAUGUAUUACAGUAUUCCACUAAAAUAAACUAUUAUUUUUGGUCUCAUAAAUAUCUAAUUAACAAUAACAACUUACUAUAAAUUGAUUUUUUUCUUCUCUUUGGUUAAGGUAAAUCCAGAGGAAGAAUAAUUAUCAGACGAACACAUUUACUGUGAGUUUAAUUUGUGAUCAGUUAGCAAUGUGGGUAAUUAAAUAUAGAAAGAUAUUGCAAAUGCAUCAAGAGGAACCCAAUUGUCUUGGUCUGGGGGGGGGGGGGCAGUUUAGCAGCUACAAAUUAAAUACUGUCCCACAUAAAGUUGUGAAGUGUUCGAAAGAGUAGAUAACUUCAAAAUGUUGCCCCUUAUUUAGUAGUCACUUUGAACGAAGAACUUGAGGAGUAUUUAUGGAAAUCUUGUUUCGUUGUAAUAAGAUUUCUAGUGAUUACUUUUUUUGGCCAGCAAUUGAUUGUGAUACACAGGGGUGCAAACCAGUGCAUGCAACUUUGCACUCACAACAUACUUUAACUGGUGGCAUUCAGAUUAAAAAAGGGAGGAAAGUGUGACUGGUCUUACACACAGUAGAAUUCAUCAAAAGGAAACAACUCAACCUGUGUUUAGAGAACCCCCAGGUUAUUAUUUUCAACAGGAUAAG